UUUUCUUUUACUUUCCAGUCAUUUUCCUACCGAUAAAUCUUCAUUUAUCACUUAAAAUUCAUUCGAUUGUUUAAUUUCAUGAGCUAAACUCAAAACGAAAGUAUAUUCAACACUAAAUCAUUGGAGAAGGCGAAGAAAUUGAAAAUGUAUACACUGGAAGAUAAAGUAGCUGACAGUCUUUCACGUUUGUUUUCAGAUUCACCGAAUCAUUCUUCUCCAUCUGAUCCUUCUCAGGCCAGAUUUUAUUCCGAUGGAUCAAGCUCUCGGUCUUUGAUUUAUUCUUACAUCACCGCUGCCAUAAGCUUAGGUGGGUCUAAAUCGAAUGAUCAUGGAAGUCAUCUCGAGCAAAUUCAGUCGCAUCCUGUGAGAUGGAAAUGUAGGACAUUUGAGUUUCAAGAUGAAUCCUUGGAUAGCUAUAAAGACCACAAACUUACUUUUACAAAUGAAACCUUACCAAAGGCUCAUGAAAUUUCGAAACAUAGCGACAACAAGUGGAUUGUUAGUCCUCGAGGCAAGGAUAAGGACUGUCUCUACGAAAGGUGUAGCAGUGAUUCCGAUGAAUAUCAAGAUGCACAAGUUCAACGGUGUCCAGUGAAGACUCCAUUGAACCUUUAUGAUGAAUCAGUGUUUAUUACACCUGAUUUGUAUGAAUCCUUGGUGUUUUUACUUCCCAAUAUUGUUAAAGGGUGUCAAUGGAUGUUGUUGUAUAGUACGUUGAAACAUGGUAUAUCACUUCGCACACUUAUUCGUAAGAGUGCUGAGCUCCCUGGCCCUUCUUUGCUGAUUACUGGAGAUCUGAAAGGAGCAGUCUUCGGUGCAAUGCUAGAAUGCCCCUUGAAGCCUACCCCAAAGAGAAAAUAUCAAGGAACACAUCAGACAUUUGUAUUCACAACCAUAUAUGGUGAACCUAUUCUAUUUAGACCAACUGGUGCGAAUCGUUAUUACUAUAUAUGUUUGAAUGACUUGUUAGCACUUGGAGGCGGCAGCAACUUUGCUCUGUGCUUGGAUGCAGAUCUUUUGAGUGGAAGUAGCGGACCUUGUGAAACAUUCGGGAACUUGUGUUUGGCUCAUGACUGGGACUUUGAGCUAAACAACGUUGAGCUAUGGGGUUUCAAACAUGCAUCACCAUAUACGUCAAUUGAAAGCAACUGCAAGAGGUCUUUAGAUACUAAUACCUCAUUUGCAUGGUUCUAAGGUGUUUUCAAAGAUCGACUUGAAAAACGGAUACCACCAGAUCAGGUUGAGAGGUGGAGAAGA